UUAGUCGAAAGUCGACUUUUAGAUCCCUAGCUGGCAGUAAAACUACAAAAUUAAAGUUAUUAUUUAAACUCACAAAGAAGUGUACAAUUUCGGGUCGGUGCAUUGAAUAGAGAAAGAAAGCAUUACCAAAUAAAAGUUGAUUUGAGUGUGCCACAGUUUAUGUAUAUGUGUGCUGUGCACUAGUGGAAAGUGUGAAAAAUAACCACACAUUAUCCAUCCACACUCACUCCACACAUUUUUUUUUCCAUAUUUCGCGGAAGUGCAAUCUUGUGUGAAAAUUCAAUUAAAUGAUCCUUGUUGUGAAAUAAAUCUCCCUCCGAUUGGCAAAAUCGUUUUGUUCUCGUUUUUUUGCAUUAAAUUGUUACAUACACCCCAACUACUUACUACCAGCAUAGCACCAGCAACAAACCAAAAAUGGCCUACAAAGAGCGCAUAUUAACGCCACAACAACUGAAGAAAUUGUCCGAACAUAAAUACAAUUGCACCAACUCCAGUUUAUUGGAUCCAUGGCUUCAGCCAUGGUGGAAUUGGCUGGUCUCUAAAACUCCCCUAUGGUUGGCUCCUAAUCUGAUUACAAUUGUGGGAUUAGUUGUCAAUAUCAUAACAACACUGAUAUUGGUGGCACAUGCCCCAGAAGGCACAGCUCCCCCGCCACGAUGGACAUGCUUAUUAUGCGCCCUUGGUUUAUUUAUUUAUCAAAGUUUAGAUUCAAUCGAUGGAAAGCAGGCGAGACGUACAAAUACAUCGUCACCACUGGGAGAACUAUUUGAUCAUGGCUGUGAUUCGAUAUCGACAGUGUUUGUGGCGUUAUCAGCGUGUAUCUCAUGUCAAUUGGGUCACUAUCCUAAUUGGCUAUUUUUUCAGUGUUUUUGUGCCAUAGGUUUAUUUUAUUGUGCCCAUUGGCAAACCUACGUGUCGGGCACCCUGAGAUUUGGCAAAAUCGAUGUGACUGAAGCUCAAUUCACCAUUAUGGGUAUUCAUAUGAUAUCGUUUUUCUUUGGGCCAGAAAUCUGGAUGACCAAGAUAUUCGGUAAUUUAGAAUUAUGGUCCACCUUAUGCCUCAUGACAUUAGUUUGUGGUUUAUGGUCAUUGCGAUAUAUAUUCUCUGUUAUUUUGGCUGGAGGUGUGGGCAAAAAUGGCUCGACAGUUGCCCUACCGAUUGUUGGCUUUAAUCAAAAUUAUAUAAUACUGAUUGGUAUAACCAUUUGUUAUUUUAUAAAUUUUACGAAUUUUUCUAAAAUUUUUCUACAUGGCGGCAGUGGCAAGAAUGGCUCUUCAGUUGCUCUGUCAUAUAUUGGCUGUGAGUUGCGCAUACUGCCCUUAUAUUUUGCCUUUGGCAUUGAUAUGCUAUUAGCUUUACGUUAUACUAAAGUUAUAACGACCGAAGGAUGUGGCAAAAAUGGAUCUUCAGUGGCUGGAACUAGCGUUUUGUCACCAAGCAUACCAUUGACUUUGGUGGUGCUACCCGCAUUUAUUAUUGCUCAAAAAUCGCCAGAAAACAUCUUUACGGAGCAUUCAUCUCUGUACAUAGUGGCAUUUGGUAUGGUGGCCGCCAAAGUGACCAAUAAACUUGUAAUUGCCCAUAUGACGAAAGCCGAAAUGGAAUAUUUGGACUGGUCUCUGCUGGGACCUGCGUUGUUGUUCCUUAAUCAAUAUUUUAAUUGUGUAGUACCGGAAAUCUGGCUCUUGUGGUUCUCAUUAAUUUGGGGCACCCAAGAUCUAGUAAGAUAUUGUUCACAAGUCUGCUUGGAAAUUUGUGCUCAUUUGAAUAUACAACUCUUCACCAUACCCUAUCCACCCAAAGGUGUAAAAGCUCAAGCGUCAAACUCUAGUAAACCUAAAAAUGUACAAACUGUCAAUCAGGGUACCAACCCGCCCGUCAAACACAAAAAGAAAUCUACGAACAACAGCAGCGGCAACAGCGGCAACAAUCAUGUGUGGGACAACAAAGAUGACUUAGAUGGACUUUGAAAUUUAUUAUUAACGUUAGAUGGUUCCUUCUUUUUAUUAUUGUUUCAUAUUUUAUAAUUAAUUUCUAUUUUAUUAUUUCUUUUUUAAUAGAAUUUAUUAUUAGAAUUUUUUUUUUUUUUGAGUUUUCUAUUGUGAAUGUGCUGCGUGUAUGUUUGUUUCCAAGAAGAGAGAACAAAAAUUAAAUAAGUAAAACAAAUUUAGAAAAUAUAUAUUUUGAUGGAAAAUAGUGAUGGAAAGAAAAACAAAAACCAGAAAUACAGAGGAUACAACAAUUACAACAUAAAUGUGGAAUGGAAUUAUUUUUUUAGUUUAGACAAAAUCAAACAAAAAUCAGGAGAGAGCCAGAGAGAAAAAACCAAAAACAGAAGAAAAAUAAAAAGAAAUUUACUGUACAAUUUA